CUUCCGGUGGCCUAAGUGGUACUCGUAUUGGUCAAAGAGUGUUUCAUCUUUAUCUCUAUGGUUAUUCUGCCGCCUCCGCUAUGAAGAUCACCCGGCAGAAGCACGCGAAGAAGAACAUGGGCUUCUACAAGUACAACUUCGGCUUCCGGGAGCCCUUCCAGGUGCUGCUGGACGGCACCUUCUGCCAGGCCGCGCUCCGCAACAAGAUCCAGAUCCGCGAACAGUUGCCAGGUUACCUGGCCGGGGCCACGCAGCUCUGCACGACGCGAUGUGUCCUAAAAGAACUAGAAUCCUUGGGAAAGGAGUUGUAUGGUGCAAAACUAAUUGCACAGAGAUUUCAGGUUCGCCAUUGUUCUCACUUCAAAAGUCCAGUGAGCGGCUCAGUCUGCCUUUUAUCCAUGAUUGAGGAUGGCAAUCCACACCAUUAUUUCAUUGCUACACAGGAUCAAGAUCUGGCAACAAAAAUAAAGAAAAGGGCUGGAGUUCCUCUUCUGUUCAUAAUACAGAACACUAUGGUUCUAGAUAAGCCUUCUGCUAAAUCCUUGGCCUUCGUGCAAACGAUGCAGACAAACAGGCUUAUGCCAGAACACCAGAAACAAAGCAUUGCACUUCUCAAAGAGGAGCAGGGCCUAGCGAAGACCUCGGAGCCUAAAAAAAGGAAACGUAAAAGAGCUGCUGGCCCGAAUCCCCUCAGUUGCCUGAAGAAAAAGAAAAAAGGCGAAGAGACCUCACAGCCUUCAGCAACCAAAAAAGGGGGGAAUAGGAAGCGCAGCAAAAGGAAAUCAGAAGCCACUGCUGGGGGUGUGCAGUCAGGGCCCCAGAAUGUAGAAGCAUAAAACCCUCCAAGAAACUUGGUGGGCAUAAUUAUUCUGUGAACUUUGGUGGAAGACAAUGUCUACUGCUGAUGCAAUAUGGCAAUAAAUGUUUGUGUUACUUUUUUUUAAAAAA